UGCAUAUCAGUGAAGAAUGAUGAAACUCAACUUCCUAUUUUUUUGUUUGCUGUCGAUCAUGUAUACCGUUGCAAUUGCAGUACGUGAGCACAAAAACGGCUGGGCAGUGAGGAACAGAUAUUAUACUGAUAGUGGAAGUCAACAAACAUUCGUUGAUAAGAAUUUGGUCUUUAACCGAUCAGGAAUAAUAAACAAAUGGAGAUUCUACAGUAGAAAAGCAGGAAUCAUAAAUCUUCAAGUAUGGCGCCCUGAAUCUGAAAAUGGAUGUAGAAUGACGCUUGUUAACCAGACGACCGUUGACGUCGAUGACAAUUUCGGGCGAUUGCAAAUCAUAACUUUGCCAGAGGAUCAAAGAAUCAGAGUUAAAAAGGGCGAUUUGAUUGGAUGGAAUAAUCCUGGUAUUGGCGUGAUAACUUGGAAUACCGAUUGGUCAUCAAAUGACCAGCACCACUGCUUUAAAUGGGGACUCAAACCUGAGAUUAAUCAUGUUUAUGAUCUAAACCAUGAUAUUACGUGGGGACCUUCUAGAGUAUACUCAAUAAUGGCGAUAUUCACAGGUAUGUUGUUGUUCCUGCAGAUAAAGCUUCCAACAACAUUGGUUUUAUCUGGUUUUGGACCGAGAUUGACAUCCAAUUUCCACACAUACUCAAUCCGAGCUGAUGGUAACUGUUUUCUUCGUGCAAUCAGUUUUUCACUAACUGGAGAUGAAAAUCGCUUUCAUAUACUUGAUAAGAUCAAUUCCAAUUCCAGAAAUGAGAAAGAGAUUUUGAAUGUUGAUACACAACCGGGUAACUUUCUUGGUGAAACUGAUGAUAGUGAUAAUGAUGAUGAAAAUGAAUCUGAGAAAAUUAUGAUGUGA